AGUGAUGUUUUAAGCUACUUCCCUGCAGGAUGCGGAGCCGCUUAGACAGGUGAGAUGUCCCCACAAAGGAGAUGCUCCUGCAGCAUCUGCUGCAGUGAUUGCAAAGUGAUGGUUGAUUAAUUCUCUUCAUGUUUCAGCAUCUUCUGCAGCUGAAGCUCUGAAAUACAGGAGGACUCUGCAUCUUCCUCAGGGACACGGGCAAGGGAGAGCUGGAGCCUCUGGGGGGCUCGGGAAGGAAUUGUGGUUGGUGGUUGCCUGAGGAACUCACCUUCACCCCAAUGUUGCUCUGAAACGAGUCGUGUCCAGCAGUCAGGUUUGGUAAGAUGCCUCAGGAACAGUAUCCACACCGGAGCACCAUGCAGACCUCGGAAGGACCCCAGGUAUACAAAGUGGGGAUUUAUGGCUGGAGGAAGAGGUGCCUCUAUUUCUUUGUGCUGCUCCUAAUGAUUUUAAUCCUGGUGAACCUUGCUAUGACCAUCUGGAUUCUGAAGGUUAUGAACUUCACAAUUGAUGGAAUGGGGAACCUGAGGAUCACGGAAAAGGGUCUGAAACUUGAAGGAGAUUCAGAAUUCUUGAAACCUCUCUACGCCAAAGAAAUCCGAUCAAGACCAGGCAACCCACUGUACUUCCAGUCCGCCAGGAACGUCACCGUCAACAUCCUCAACGAGAAGACAAAAGUCCUCACUCGCCUCGUAACAGGUCCCCAAGCAGUGGAAGCACACAGCCAAAAAUUUGAGGUGAAAACCCUCUCUGGAAAAUUGCUGUUUUCUGCAGAUGACAACGAAGUGGUGGUUGGAGCAGAGAGAUUGAGAGUUCUAGGAGCAGAAGGCACAGUGUUCCCUAAAUCUAUAGAAACUCCCAAUGUCAGGGCAGACCCCUUCAAGGAACUAAGGCUGGAGUCGCCCACGCGCGCGCUGGUGAUGGAGGCUCCCAAGGGCAUCGAGAUCAACGCCGAGGCCGGCAGCCUGAAGGCCACGUGCAGGACAGAGCUCCGGCUGGAAUCCAAAGAUGGAGAGAUAACGUUGAAUUCUGCAAAAAUCAAACUACCUAACUUGCCUCAAGGAUCUUCCUCUUCUGCAGGGUCCAGGCAAAAAAUCUACGAGCUCUGUGUGUGUCCCAAUGGGAGGCUGUUCCUGUCCCAGGCGGGCAGCAGCUCCACCUGCCAGAUAAACACGAGCGUCUGCCUUUGAGAGACAAUUUGCAGCGGGGCGUGGCAGGCAGCACAAAAGCCAGUUCUGGUCUCACAGAUCCAGCUGCCAACUAUUUUUACUAGAACACAGAAAGCCUAUCAAAGACUUUUUUUGUGUGUGCGCGCGCGUGUGUGUGAAUAUAUAUAUAAAAAAUAUAUAUAUAAGAUAUAUAUAUAUAUCCUCUGUGUAAAACGAUGUUUCAGUACAAGGAAUCCCAGGGUGACCCUGUUACAUUUGUGUAGCAUUUCUCUUUCCCACACCAAAAUUUACUGGUACAAUCUGCUGAAUUGGAUCUGAUGCUCCCCUGGACCCUUCUGUAUUAAUACAGUGCAAUGAUCACCCCUCGUUUUUGAUCAUGUUCUCAGAGCAGUGGGAUUGCUGGCUGGGCAAGACCCUGGAACCAAUACAGAGCCACCACCAUCCAAAGGGAAGAGAAGCAUCUCUGAUUAUUUUUGUGCCAUUAAAUCGGUGGCAUGAAAAAUAAAUAAUUUCAAAAACAACAAAAUAGCCAGAUGUGCUGAUCCCCUACAGUGAUCCAAGAUACCUGAGGUUAAUUACUCUUUAAUUAUCACCUGAAGCGUGGCUCCCUGUUGGGAGAGAUGGGUGUACUUGGCCAGUAGGAAAGUCCAGACCUUCUUGCUGAAAUAAUAAAUGUGAUUUUCUGAAGGGGCUCAACACUUGCCUGUGCAGGCCAAGGAUGCCUUGUGCUAUUCAGGUCCAGCAUUAACGUCAAAUCAUCUUUGUGCUGGCAAAACUGGUGUUGUAUUUAGCUAUUGGAAGGAACAAAAUGGUGAAAGUUGGAUUAAGUAGAAAAAUCCUGAACCUCUUUUGUUAAUAGAUGUCCUAGAUCAUCCCACAGACUCCCCAUUCACACCAGUUUUGAACAUAUUUGCUGUGAAGGUGUGAAGAUUUAAGAUUUGGACAUUGCCUAAAUACAUGUAGAAGCAGAGAAAAUCAACUAGAAAGUGAGAAAAUCAUAAAAUUAAGUGUAUAAUGUAGAUGCUACACCAGAAUUUUUGUCAUCUUUGUUUUCAAGAUACACAGACCAAAGUCACUUAGAUUUAGUGGAAACUGCAAAUAUCAGAGAUGCUGACAAUGAAAGACUUUUUUUAAGAGUUUAUAAAUAUUGUGACAAAGCCAGAUUACUGAAAGGAAGAGCUUUGGAUGCUGGUUCCUCUAGAAUUUGAGUCCCCAAAACUCUGUGGUUGAAUCUUAUCAUGGUUGCAUUUUUUUCUUAUUUUAAAGUCUAGAAGUCACGGGCAGCAUAAAACACAAAAAUCUGAUCUGGUAACAUUACUUCCACUUUUGAAGUUUUGGAAAAUAAUGAUAAGAGCCCAGAUCAUUGAAUUCUGACCCAUAAUUUCAUCCACAUGCAUGUCAAAAUCCUUUAAAAAAAACCAAAUAUACCAAUUAUGGCAAAAGUUUCCAAGUCCCAGUAAAUGUCACGAGGACAGCAAGGUUUCUAAGCCACUGAGAUGCUUUUGAAAUAUUACCUCAUGUGCAAAUCAGAGAGAUCUGUGCCCAUCCCCAGUGAUAUCUAACCAAAGCUGGUAUUCUUCAAGUGAUCUUCAAGAUAAAACAUAGCUGACAGAAAUCUUUAGAAAUAAUUAGCCCAUUCCUUUUUUUUUACAGCUUCUCACAUAUUUUCUUGUGGUCUCGAGAGUACCAGGGUUUGAUUUUGUUUUCUUAAUUUUUUAUUUUUUAAUUAACAAUUCUGGCUUAAUCCAAAACUGAUUGGACUCAGAGAAGAUUUCUGUGGAGUUUAGAUUAGAUGUGUUGCUGCCUAGCAAAGCAGCACUCACAAAAAAAUUUAUUCCUGAAAGAGGAUUGAAUGAUUUCCAUUUAUUUCAGUAAUGCUUUCUGAUAAAUUAACGAACUCAAACUAUUUGUUAAUGAAUGAUUCCUGUAAUUAUUAUGUCUUGAGUCAACGUUUGAAUGCAAAGGGUCACCCAGGGUAACAAUUGUAUUGGGACACAGGACUUUACCAUCUCUGUUCAAAGAGGGGAAUUGUGCCUAUGCCUUAAGUCAAUGCACUCAGCAAGGAGAAGCACAUCAUAUUUAUCUUGUUAUUAAAUCUAGUUUAUUUGGGGGGAGGGAAAAGAGGGUGUCUUGGGAACUGGUUGUGCAACUUAAAACAGAGAUUGAUGAAAUACAUUAAGACUGUAGGGGCAUCUAGAAUGAUACAGAC